GUGUUUGUAGUGUUUGGGUGGGAUAUUGUAAGAGAGUGAUUGUGAAUCCCAGAGGCUUGUCUGUAUGCUGGACUCUGUUGUCGUGGCCCGGGACCUUUAAACAUGAACCUGUUCUGCUUCACGCUGCGGCGCAUUGGCUGCCGUCAUGCAAACUGGCGACUUGUGUUGUGUUUCCCAGGCGGGCUCCACAGAAAGCUUAUAUGAAGCGGCCUACAGCCAAACACUCAAGGACGUCCUGCCCAAGUACCAGUGCAGCCCGUCGUCUCUUCUGAGGUGUGAGCCUCAGCGGGGAGGCUCCGAACCAUCUAUCACCUCUAAUGCACAGAAAUCAAAAAGGAGCAGUAGAAGGUCAUGUUUACCGACGUCACCCAUGGACCACGAAAUCUCAGAAAAACACAGUAAUCCUAUCUGCUGGAUGUCCUCUGGUGACCAGGAGAACACAUCUCAUCAAAACAACAAAGAGACGUGUGAAGCUCCCCGUCAGGUCAGCAGACUGACCAGAGAUGACUGCGACAAGACACACGCACAUCAAGCAGCUCAGGACAGUGAAACUACUGACACAGCAGGAUCCACACACACCAAGAGACGGCUGAAGAAGUCACAGAGUCUGGUGAAAGUGAACAAAGGGAAGAGCAUGGCUGACAAUAACGACCGUUUGACAGAUGUGCUGAGCAACAACAAUCCAGUGUUAACCUGCAUCGGCCUGGGGAAGAGAUCAGAGAAGUCCUCUGUUCCACCAGCAGCACCACAGCAGCAGCAACAGACGAAACACCAUGAACAUUCAGAGGAGGACGACAUGUGGAGUCCAAAAGUUGGAAAUUACACGUGGAGCCCCUUUGAGUGUUCACAGCCCUGGUCUCCGUUCUACACCGACUGCCACCAACCUCAGCACGAGCUACACGUCUGCGGCGCCACCUUGCCGCCGCCUCGGACCACAGACUGGAAUCGUUUCGAGAGUCUGAUGCAGGAACUGGACGUCAAACAGCUCGACCCGCCUCCACCGCAGAUCAUCCACUCCAUCACUGAUCCGCACCUGUCACAAAACACAAUGACCAGAUUUGGGAGAUUUGACGCCUUCACGCAGCACUCGCCUUUAAUGAAGGCACAGGAUGACGGAAGCUGUCUGAAAAAAACGGAGCAGAAUGAUCAUCUAACCAAUUCAAGGCUGCAGGAAAAGCAAACAGAGGCUUCAUCACAGAGAGACAGGACGCACACCGUGUCCCCGGCAGAGAGAGCUGUGACAGCCAUCGCCAACGGCAGCACGCAGAUACAUGGAACAUGUAAACGCGAGGCUCCCGGUGGGCGAACGUUGACUCGAGGACACAGGAAGUCCUCACUGGAGAGCCUCUACAGCCUCAAGAGUGGACAAAGCUCCUCAAGUGGAGUCACCAGCGGGUCAGACUGGUCCAGUAACAGGGGCAGUCUAAGGCUGGAGGAGGAUCUGUUCUGUGCCAGACAGUUCUGUGGCCGGGCCAGAGUCCAUACGGAACACACGCCAAGUCCAUAUGACACAGAAUCUCUCAAACUCAAGGUGGGAGACGUGAUUGACAUCAUCGCUAAGCCCCCCAUGGGAAUAUGGACAGGGAUGCUGAAUGACAAGAUUGGAAAUUUCAAGUUCAUUUAUGUGGACUUGCUGAAAGAGGAGAAUCCUGAGAGACAGAAGGAGACACAGAUCCACAGAGUGAGACACGGGUCAACUGUCCAGGAAGCGUUAAAGCUCCUCAAUUUAGAGGAGUUUUCCUCGUCUCUGCAGCGGAACGGUUACCAAACAGUAGAGGACUUGAUGAGGCUGAGGGAACAUCACCUGAUGGAGCUGAAUGUGACUGAUCCAGGGCAAAGGCAUCGCCUGCUCGCUGCUGUCGACUCCUUGCAACGGCUGCGCUCUGAGUGUCAGUUGGAGAACGAGGCCAACGAGGAGGCCCAAACCCACGCUGAGAACACGAAGGCAGACACCGGCAAGUGCUCGAGAGACUCGGGCUGUCCCGACUACACCAGAGAGGACGCAGACGUACACGUUCCCUCUCAACAGCCUCAGACGACAGCUUCGUGAGGGAGAAAUAUCCACUCUUUAUAUGCCCGUUUCAUCCCUCCAUUAUGCUGUCAAGCUGACUUUUAUUUAUAAAAAUGUCUGCACAGUAUAAAUGUCCAGCCGCUGCAUUUAACACAUGGUAAAGUGCUUCUGUCUGGGAAAUGUAAAAUAAAUUUUAUUAAUAAAACAAUGUUUUUUUCCUGAAAUCAAA